UACGUUUUUGUUUCAAAGUCAAGGAAGGCAGGCAUGGCGCAAGAGGUUGUAGGCGGCCAGUUUUGCAGGGCGGAGCGAGAUCAGCAUCUGGUGUACGCAGAGCAUUGUUUGAGCAGCCACAAUGUGAAGGAUGUCUCCACGGGCAAUCUCGUAUUCAAGGUGAAACACCCCACUUUCGGCAAAGCGGACAUUCUUGUCAAGGAUCGAAACUCCACCACGGUUCUCCGCCUCUGCCAGAAGAUAUGGCACCUCCACGCGACCUGGCAAGUCUUUCCGGGAGGCAAAUCCAGCGAGAUGCUCUUCCUCGUCAAGGAGUCAUCGCUGCUCGAAUUCAAUCUUUCCAUGCAUGUUUUCCUCGGCCCAAACAAGUCCCCGAAGGAGCAUCCAGAUUUCAAGGUGAGGAGGAAGGCAAGCAGCAGCAGCAUCAAGAUUUACAACAGAAACGAUCAGAUAAUUGCCAAAAUCAAGCCAAGCUGUGGCUGCUGCUUAUUGGGAGGACAUGACAUACAUGUCAACGCAGGGACAGACUCCGCGUUUGUGCUGUCCUUGUUUUUGAUUGUCCAUGCCAAAGAUCAAGAAAUCGCGGACACCAUGGAGCAGGUAAUGGCGACUGUAAGAUGACGAUACAUUGUAAAACCGUGAAAGCAUCCAUGAACAUCUAAAGUAGGACGCUAUCAAGUUCAAAGUAGCAAUUUGUGCGAAAGACUCGAUUAGCUUCCAUCUAUACAAAGCGAAAGAAUUCUCUA